AUGCAUUACACGACUGCUGUCCUCGCUCUCUUCGCCGUUACCGGCCUCGCUGCUCCCCGCCACACGCAGAAGCAGAUGCCCUGGGCCGAGUCUGUCUCGCCCUUUGAUGACUUCCGCGGCGAGGGGCAUACUGGUCUCUGUAUGCGGAUUUGUUCGUUCGAGCCCAUUAAGUGCAGUGAAGGUUGGGAGAACGUUAAGAUGGGAGAGUGCAACACGUGCUGCAAGUCGGAGGAAAAGACAAUUAUCUGUAAGUCUGCCUUUCCGGUGUUUGCGUUUGCGAGCACACCAGGUAUCAUAGUGCUGCAUGGAGGCUUGUUCUAA